UAUUCUCUAGGGAAAUGUCUUUCUGAGAUUUGCUGAAGAAGACAAACAUGUUCAUCUAUUUCAUCUAAAUGUUGUAUUUCACAAAUAGAAAGUUACCAGUGGAGAUUCUACUGUGAUUGUUCCGGUCAGUGAAACCAACAAAACAUGUCGUGGCCUGUAAGUUACAGGAUCUCUGCGUGUUUUCCAACUUUGAUAAGAAGCAGUUCAUGCGCCAGCUCCUCUACUGUUCUCCAAAGACUCCAGCUUUAAAUGCACAAGAGUCCCGCUUGUUGUUAACACAGUAAACUCACAUCGCCAUCUAGUGCUUAAACAUGAACAACUCACCUCCGUCCAGUGGAGGAGGAUCCGGCUGCAGCCUGAUCUUUUUUGCAACUCAUCGUCUAUUGAUUUCACUUUCUUCUCCUUGUUUUCCUUUUAAUCAUCCUGUUCUAUUCCAGACAUUUAAUGGAAGAUGAUCAACUUUUUAUUCAUUCAUUUUUACAUCUCGGACUGACAGGGUUUAGAUAGGGAUCAAUAUAUAAGACAGGCCUUCAGGAGGGACGUAUACACAAUAUCUGGAUGCAUCUAUUUGAGGGAAUAACAACAAAGACUUGACCUGACAGUCCAGCCUGAUGAAACUCAGCAGAAACUGUUCAUGUCAUUCCACAUUUUCUCUUCGAUUCAGUCUUAUAACCUGCAGAGACAUUUAUUAUUUAUGAGCAAAUGCUCAAUGCAUUAGAUGUGUUGCUCACAGCAUGAUAGGCGCCUUCAUUUAUUGAUCUGCUGCAGGUGGCAACUGGCCACUGGAGGUGAGUCAGUACAUUAUUUUACUUCAUACAGCAGCUGAUGUGAAUUAUCACUCAGGCACAGACAGUGGCUCCUUUAAUGUGUGUAAUCAAGCCACCAGGCAGAUCUGUGGUCGGUGCAGGUUAUUGACCGGGGUGCUCAACAUGACAUCGGGUCGGUGGUCGCGGGUCUUUGGGAUGCAUAAUCAUAAUGUUUUUGCCACCCAGGCUAAUCACAAAAACAAAUACCCCCCAGUCCAGCAGUUACACCUUCCCUCCACAGUCUUCACCGUGAACCUGUCAGUGUGCGUGUAACGUGCUCGGGCCGUCGGUGACUCCUCUCUCCUUUCCUGAGGAGAAGUGAGGUGCCCCGCCCCUCCGUGCGCCCCACCAGCAGCAGGCAGAGCGCACGCACCGCACCGCACCGAGCGAGCUCAGCCGUCGGUAACGGAGAAGAUGGCAGAGCGGCAACAACAGAAACACGAAGGCAGGGUGAAGAUCGGCCACUACAUCCUCGGCGACACGCUCGGAGUGGGCACCUUCGGCAAAGUGAAGAUUGGAGAGCAUCAGUUGACAGGCCAUAAAGUGGCUGUAAAGAUCCUAAACAGACAGAAGAUCCGUAGCCUCGAUGUCGUGGGGAAGAUCAAGCGAGAGAUCCAGAAUCUCAAACUGUUCAGACACCCACACAUCAUCAAGCUGUACCAGGUGAUCAGUACACCCACUGAUUUCUUCAUGGUUAUGGAGUAUGUGUCUGGAGGUGAGCUGUUCGACUACAUCUGCAAACAUGGACGGGUGGAGGACACAGAAGCUCGCCGUCUCUUCCAGCAGAUUAUCUCAGCCGUGGACUACUGCCACAGGCACAUGGUGGUCCACAGAGACCUCAAACCAGAGAACGUCCUGCUGGACGCCAGCAAGAACGCCAAGAUCGCCGACUUUGGUCUGUCAAACAUGAUGUCAGAUGGGGAGUUUUUACGGACGAGCUGUGGCUCCCCCAACUAUGCUGCUCCAGAGGUCAUCUCAGGAAGGCUCUAUGCAGGUCCAGAGGUGGACAUCUGGAGCUGUGGCGUGAUCCUGUACGCCCUGCUCUGCGGCACGCUGCCCUUUGACGACGAGCACGUCCCCACGCUGUUUAAGAAGAUCAGAGGAGGCGUCUUCUACAUCCCCGAGUACCUGACCCGCUCCGUGGCCUCGCUGCUCAUGCUCAUGCUCCAGGUCGAUCCUCUGAAGAGAGCCACCAUCAAAGACAUCAGGGAACAUGAGUGGUUCAAGCAGGACCUGCCGGGAUACCUGUUCCCUGAAGACCCUUCGUACGAUGCCACAGUCCUGGAUGAGGAGGCCGUCAGAGAAGUGUGUGAGAAGUUUGAAUGUAUGGAGUCAGAGGUGAUGUCCAGCCUUUACAGCGGAGAUCCACAGGAUCAGCUGGCCGUGGCCUAUCACCUCAUCAUAGACAACCGGCGCAUCAUGACCCAGGCCAGCGAGUUCUACCUGGCCUCCAGUCCUCCCCAGGGCUCCUUCAUAGAAGAAGGCAUGCCGCUGCCCCCCGGAGUCAAACCCCACCCGGAGAGGAUGCCUCCGCUCCUGGCUGACAGCCCCAAGUCUCGUUGUCCUCUGGAUGCUCUUAACACCACCCGGCCCAAACCUCUGGCAGUGAAGAAGGCCAAGUGGCACCUCGGCAUCCGGAGUCAGAGCAGACCCUACGAUAUCAUGGCUGAAGUGUACAGGGCAAUGAAACAACUCAACUUUGACUGGAAGGUGGUGAACCCGUAUCACCUGCGAGUGCGGAGGAAGAAUCCGGUGACGGGCAACCUGGUGAAGAUGAGCCUGCAGCUGUACCAGGUGGACAGCAGGUCCUACCUCCUCGACUUCAAGAGCAUCGACGAUGACAUCAUCGAGGCGGUGGGCUUUAAAUCUGGGUCGUCAACUCCUCAGCGGUCGGGCUCCACAGCCGGUCUCCACAGACCCAGACUGAGCAUCGACUCUGCGAGCCCGGCCUUCGACCUGCCCCAGCUCAGCUCCUCCCUCCCGGGAUCGCUGUCCGGCAGCAACCCUCUGCUCACCCCACGCCAGGGAUCGCACACCAUGGACUUCUUUGAAAUGUGCGCCAGUCUGAUCACCACGCUCGCGCGCUGACGCCUGACGCCUCCUGUAGGGAGGGUGUCUGUGUUUGGAGCGACUUCCUCUUUCUGUCUCCUCUCCAUGUCCGGUCCGGUCGUGUUGGACGGGCGGGGUGGAGAGCGACGGCUGCGUCGUGCUCCCCUCAGACGGAGGAGGGAGAAAGAGGAGGCCUUUGGCAGAAUGGCAGAUUAAUAGCUUUUGUUUUCUUGGUGUGACACAGUCCCGGGGUCAGAGCCGAUCCUGGGACUGGAAUCUGUGAACUAGUGGAUGCCAGCAGAGUCAGAGGUGAGAGGUCACAGUUUGCAGCCGUCUCUCCUCCCACAAAUACCUUCAAUUAUUAUCAACUGCUGAAAUAUCAUCACCCACCACAGCUCUUAAUGGCAGGACGUCUUGCUGAUUUGCCCCAGACACUGAUCGGAGGUCAGUUUUGCUUCUUGUUUAUUUGAUGACGAGGCACGGGUUGUUAAACUUGACGUUAAAUCUGUGUCUGCGGGAACGAAACCACAUGUAAAGUUUAAUUUCAGGUUUUCUAUGAUAUAGUUUGUAAAGAAGCAGCUUUUGUUAUCCAUGUUUAUUAUAGGGAUACCAAAUAUUAGACUUUAUACAUCAAAAAGGAGACUUAUUAUUAUUAUUCAGAUAUCAGAUCCAUAUUUAUUUUUAGAGAUUGUUUUUUAGACUGUAGUUUUAUUAUUUAAGCUGAUCAACAUGAAGUUUUAUCCCGACUUUGAGUAGAUUGUAGAUGAUUAAUGAGCCCAGAGAGACAGCAGGAUAGUCGAGUGGUAAAACUCUCUGUGGUGUUUGGUGUUUGAGGCUGACACACACCAUCUCACACGACCUGACAUAUCACUACUGUUUAUUUCAUAUGCAUUCAGUAACCGUCACAAAUAUGCAACACACACAGGCUCCUGUACACCUGAGUCCUUGACGAGUGACGAGUGGAGCGAGUGUUAACGCGCUGCUCAGCCAUGCAGCUCCAGAAUGUAAUUAAAAAAGCAGGACGGCCUGUGACAUGAGGAGGACAGACAUGGCACCCAGUCAUUCACAUACGCAGUAAACUGAAGACAGGAGCUGCUUGUAACCAAGACGACAGCCGUCUUUCAUCUCUCUCCUUUCAGCUCCGAGCCUUUGAAAUGUGAACAAACGUCUAGUGUAAUAAAAAGAUCCUCACAUAUUUUAAUUUUAAAGAGCAAAAAGCAAGUAAAUAUGGGUGAUAAAUCACCUCAAUAAUCAGCUUUCACAAUAGCCACUAAUUGAAUCAGCAGUAAUGAACAAACUGAGACUAGUCAAGUGAUGAUGAGGAGGAGAAGAUGAAGACGACAGAUCCCUGUGAGAUGGUGUGUUUCUGCUGAGACACGAUGAGCCACAGAAACAUUUCUCCAGUUGCCUUAAAGAAUGCCACACAGUGAUUCUGUGCAUAUGUACCUGUAAACAGAGAGUGUGUGUGUGUGUGUGUGUGUGCGUGCGCGUGUGUGUGUGUGUGUGUGUGUGUGUGUGUGUAGCUGUUGUCUGUUCAGUCUGCACUUUAAAACUCACAGUUUGCAGAUUUACUGUUUAUUGCGUCACACACUUUUUGUGGAUGCACACACUUUACUGUCACUUGUGGUUGUGCACGUUGAUGAACGCCACGCCGUUACUGCUUUUCUAAGUGUUCCUCGUUGUCCCGUCCCUCACACCACGGCGGCGUUGUGUGUGUUGUGUGUCGUAGCUGGAUAUUUUCAUCCAGACUUUCUGAGUGAAUGUGAAGCUGCUGCCACAGAUGAGUCUUCCUCCGUCCGUGUGUGUCGAUGGCGAGCUCUGGCCUUUCUGCGCUUCUCAGUCGGACACACAGGACGGAGGACGUCAUCUACUUUAGACUGGCGUCUAUGAAUCAACAAAUACUGUAAGAAAGACAUUAAGAAAUAAACACUAAUAUGAAUAAAUACAGUAAAAUACUGUAUGUGAAGAACUCGUUUAACCUCAGCUCACUGUGAUGGGGGCGUGUGAUUGGCUGGAGGGUGAGGAUGCAGAAACUUGAGAAAAUACAGAACAAAUGUUUGUUGUAUUCAUUCAUGGUUAUUUAUUUCAUGUCUUUUAUUUAUUAUUACAUCCAGGCCACGUUAAUAUGAGCCACACAACAGUCUCUACUCCGACUAUUCAUGCAGCACGCUGACUGAGGCCUGUGUUGGACCUACAAUCAGCAGAUGUUUUUGCCUUAUGAGACACGGUGUGAAAGUCUUUUGUGGAAGCCACGAUGUUAGUGACCGUGCUGAAACCCUUUAUGACACGUCUCUGUUUCUGUAUCCUGUGAUGUCAGAGGGAGAAACUCUGCUCCCUGCUGCAAGACACAUGCAACUGCACAAACACACACGCCUUCACAAACACUAGCCCAUGUUCCUCUGUCAGUCUGUGUUCCAGUCUGUUGCUGUGUCUUAAUAACUUGUACAGUGAGCUGCUUUCUUCACAUCACCAUUCAUUCCUGACGCUGCUGCUCGUGACAACAACACUAAAUACUGAUCAAUGAAGUGCACUAUCCUGGAGAGGUCAUGGGGGGGGGGCGAAGACCUCCUCUGGUUGAACCAUUACUUUACUGUCAGAUGUCGUACUGUACCAUUACAACUGUAUGCAACAACCGGUGGCAUGUUAGUCAAGUAAACUCGACUCUAGUGUUCGGAGCUGGAAACACACGCCACAGGCCUGAUCGAACACACACACUCUGUGUUGUACCAAAGUGAGUGUUUUACUCUGUUUAUCUGUGGUGGGGGGUUCUUAUGAUCAGUGUAACCUUAAAUACCCCUGAGUGAGAGUGUGUAUGUGUGUGUGUGUGUGUGUGUGUGUGUGUGUGUGUGCGUGCGUGCGUGUGUGUCUGUCUCUCCCUGUCUCUCUGUCUGAUCGGGGUUUGGAUUUCUCUUGUUAUGCACUGCAUGAUGUUGCUGUUAUGAUUUGCACUUUAAUGAGUAUUUAUUGAAAAACAAUAAACAAACAUAUAAAAAGGAAA